UGUAAUUUCUUCUUCAAUAAAGCUCUACGUACACCUAUAUAAAUUCCAGUUUCCAGAAAUUCCGAUCAAAAUCAAAUCACAAAAAUAAACCGCCCCCUUUCUGCAAACCAUUUCUUCUAGGGUUCCGUCAAUUUCACCGGAAAAAAUGGGCGAUAACAGAAGAAUCGCAAUCCCAUGGUCCGAUCUACCAACGGAACUUCUCAAAGAGAUAGUCAACCGCCUCCACACUGAGACCGACGUCCGCCGCGUGCGCGCGGUGUGCCGUUCAUGGCGCUACUCUACGGCGCCGUUCAAGAAAUUGCCCGCUACGCCUCUCAAUCUCCCUUUCCCGUUCGAAGGAGAUACCCUCCCGGAGCACGACGGCGCGUAUUUCACCCUCAUCGAAAGGACCGUUUACCGCGUUGAAGCCCCCGAGGGCAAAACCCCCAAUUUCUGGCUGGUGAAGACCGAAGCAGCUUCGGAAGACGGCAAAUUGCGCAUUCUGAAUCCUCUCAGCCACCGCGAAAUAAAAAUCCGGCCGGGAAAUCAGAUGCCCAAGGUACUCAACACUCUGGAUUUCCGCGUUUCUGAGGUAUGCAAUUCUCACGCGCUUCGGUAUGUGAAUCCUUGUAAUCCAAACCCUAGGAACGAUUACAAAUUUGCCAAGAAAGUAGUUGUGGCCGCGUGUGCCGAUAAUGAAUAUGCUGUAAUGGCAAUUGAUGAAAGCUACCAACUGUGGUAUAUAAAAUCCAACGAGAAGAAUUGGACAAUGGUGCCCGACUAUAUCUUUCUCGAUAUUAUCAGCUGUAAUGAAAGAGGACAGUUCCUUGGCGUUGAUUACUAUACUGCAGUUUGGGUUUUCAAUUUCAAGUUAGAGGUGGUGAAUGAAGUUGCUCCCCUCACGGAUCUCCGUUUGUCGAAUGUACAUCUCCAUUCGUCGAAAGUACACUUGGUCGAGAUUUCCAACGAGUUGUUCUUGAUUGAAGAGAUCACAGAUAAGUAUCGAAGAGAGUGCACUUGCGACAACGAGGAAAUCGGAUGUCAAUGCAAGACUCCGAUCAAGAACACCGCUGUUGAGAUUGUGAUUUCCAGGUUUGAUGAAGGGACGGAAGAAUUUGUCGAGGCGGAUAUGGCUGCGAUUGGCGACCGCAUUAUUUUUGCCGGUGAUGAUUGUUCAUUCUCUGUUUCUGCACAAGGGGUCAAUGGGGGUCGGGUAUUUUAUACCGAUAAGUACAUAUGUUUUCGAACUGGAAAUGAAAAGAAUGACGACGACGACGACCAUGGGUUCAAUUACGUUUACGGUUACGAAGAGGUGACUGACGAUGAUGACACUGAUUGUGGGUCUGAUUGCGACGAGCUCUGUGUUUGUUGUUAUUCUGCCAGUCCUGCAGAAAGAGUAGUAGACGAUUUUGUGCCGGACGAUGACGUUAAAACCGUCUUCAGGGGAUUAAAUGGUCAUAAUAGCGGUGUGUAUGACUUUGAAACUCGUGAAUUGGGUUCACUGCUCAUGUUCCCUCACUAUGCAGAUGUGUUUUGGCCGCCACCUUCUUGGCUGAGCCGCCGCCGGAGUUAGUGGUUUUGUCCGUCUGUUGUGAGGGUACUGUAUUGUCACAAACUUUAGAACAAGCACAAACUUUUGUCAUCUGUAUAGAGUAGUGAGCUGUUGGUGUUCAAAUGUGAAUUUGAUUGCAAUACUGUUACCUAUAUAUGUAUAUAUACAUAUGAUGCUAUAUAGGCAUUUAUUUUCCAUUGGGCAAACAAAUAUAGAGUUAUUUUAAGAUAGAUUGUUUUAGGGUAAAUUACACAUAUACCCCUGAGAUAUGCUAAAACAACUUUAAGGUCCAUGUAGUUUCGGUAAUUACAAUUAUACCUGGAAACAUUGUUACAAACCCUAACGGAAUAAUGCAUUGGAUAAGUUAUUCUGUUAGGGUUCAAACGGACUAUUAGUUUCAGCCAUUGGUGAACAAAAUAGAGCUAGGGGUGACAUGACUCUCGAUACAUUGCUUAAAUUCUUAUUAUUUUAUAUAGGAUUUAUAAAUUUUGUAUGUGGUAGCAUUAACGGCCCCGCGCGAAACAAAUAUAGUGCAUAUCGGUCUCCAAGACAUGAAAUUUUAGCUCCAGUAAUUGUUUUGAGGGUUGUGGUUGUAAUUAUCAAUAUCACGGGACCUUCAAGUUACUUUAGUACACCUCAUGGUUAUGGAUGUAAUUGACCCUUGUUUUUAU